AUGCAAACGAUCGAGAAAGCAUUACAUCAACCAAUGCCAUUUACAACGGGUGGACAAACGAUCACUGAUCGACUUACAGCUGCAAAACAUUCCUUAGCUGGUAGCCAAUUGGGUAAGACAAUUUGUAAAGCUACAACCGAAGAAUUAAUGGCACCAAAAAGGAAGCAUCUGGAUUAUUUAUUGCACUGUACGCAGGAGCCGAACGUUUCCAUUCCAUCAAUGGCUAAUUUGUUAAUUGAACGAACCCAGAAUCCCAACUGGACAGUUGUCUAUAAGGCGCUUAUCACAAUCCAUAACAUAAUGUGUUAUGGGAAUGAACGAUUUUCACAGUAUCUUGCAUCCUGUAAUACAACGUUCAAUCUGGGCAGUUUUUUGGACAAAAAUUCCGCUCAAGGUCAUUCACCUAUGGAUUAUAUGCGUUCAUCAAUGAAACACUGGGCAUCCCCGGAUUCGGUUCUUGUUGGGUAUGAUAUGUCGCAACAUGUUCGACGUUACGGGAAAUAUAUCAGUGAAAAGAUCUAUACAUAUCGAUUAUGCGCUUUUGAUUUUUGUAAGGUGAAGCGUGGUCGUGAAGAUGGCCUUCUACGAACAAUGAGUGCAGAUAAGGUAACUUCAGCAGAAUUAAAUAAUGGUGUCAUCAACUGUUCUUUCAUUCUUCUCUUUCGUGAUCUCAUUCGCUUAUUUGCGUGUUAUAAUGAUGGUAUCAUUAAUUUGCUUGAAAAAUAUUUCGAUAUGAAUAAGAAACAAUGUCGUGAAGCACUGGAUGCCUACAAAUCAUUUCUGCUAAGGUUGGAUAAAGUAGCAAGUUUCCUGAAAGUAGCCGAGUCUGUGGGUAUUGAUCGUACUGAAAUACCGGAUUUAACGCGAGCACCAGCUUCAUUACUGGAAGCAUUAGAAGCGCAUUUGGCUUAUCUCGAAGGUGGCAGAGCGCCUCCCACAGUUCAUCAUGAACAGUUUACUGCAGCAAUGGCGCAAUCUGCACCAUUAUUCUCUUCCGCCCAAGCCGGAGUUAUUGAUGAUUCGGCAAAGCAAAAAUAUUUAGAGGAGGAAAAGGAAAGAUUACGAUUAUUUGAAGAGCAGCGAAAAAGGCAAGCAGCAGCAGGUUCAUCUGGAAUUGAUACAGGAGGACAUUCAUUCAAUCCAUUCGCUGCAGCUCAGUCAUCAGCUGGCGCUGCAGAUCGAUCUACAAAACCAAGUGAUGAUCUUCUAAGUUUGUUUGAUCCUGUGACAGGAGCUGGUGGAACUACUGCUCCUUCAGGUUAUGGAGCUGCUCCAGUUAAUGCUGCACAACAACCAAUGGCUUUGGAUUCAACAAAUCCAUUCGCUCAAAAUGUUUUCCAGCAGCAGCCAGCUACAGUUAUGUCAGCUAAUUCUCCUGCUCCUGGUUUUGCGGUAUAUCCAAAUAUUAGCAGAACAAAUGCAUUUGGUGCCGAUUUUACAACCGCUUUUAAUGUUGCAGCAGUGGCUCCUGCGACUACUGAAAUUAAUGAAUCAUUAAUUGAACUCUUUGAUAAUUUGGUAUAUGCUGGAGGACGAUUCGUUGAACAUUUAAUGCAUAUUGUUUUACAUAUUGGAUUCAAUCCAUUUCUGGCUAGUGAUAGUACGGAUUCGUCUGCACCACCAAUACUUCCGCAGUGGCCUAUAGCAGGUGAAGAAACCGAUAAACAGUGGUCCAGAAAAACUUCGCAAGAUGCAGUUCCGCCACAGCAAUGGACUCCUACAGUUACGCGAUCUGAUAUGGAAGGUGGUUCAGCUGCUGCUUCUUCUUGGGGUAAAAACGGUGAUAGCAGUGAAAGUGAUGAAGCAGUUGGAACUACAGGUACUGAUAAUAGUGGUAAUGUACCGCAACAACCAAGCGAAAUGGUCAAUUCGGCUCUUCGAAAUCCAUUUGGUGCCAUGCAACAAAAUGCGCAGGCACUACACACAGCUGGUGUUAGUGCUGCCGUGAUAACACCGCAACAACCUGAUAUACCAACAUUUGGAGCACCACCAUCUGGUGCAUCAUCAGCUAAUGCAUCACCAGUUCACUUUGGAAUGACUACUCAAGCACUUCCGACGCCGCCGCCGCCACCACCACCACAGCCAGCUGUGAUCCCGAAUCAAAACCUUACAAUUUAUGAGCAAACUCCAUUUUCUCACAUGGAUGGUAGCUAUACUUCAUCACCCAUUAUUCCACGACUCUUCCAUCAACAAGCAGCAGCAGCAGCACAUGCUGGUACAGCAAAUUUAAACGCAUACGGAACGCAACAAUUACCAUCAGUACCGUAUGCUGCCACUACACAAGCUGGUAAAUUCAAUAGUGGUGAUUUAGAUAGUGCACUAUCAUCGCUGGCCGAUAAUCUCUCGGUGAGCGGCAAAGGAGCAACUAAUCAUGGUAAACCCGUUCAGUGGAAUAAUCAAAGUGGUGUAAGACCUGCAGGUGCAGCACAUGCAAUUGCACAACCGCAAUAUGCUGCAAUUCCACCACAGCAAUGGCCACCAAUGGGUGUUUAUGCCCCACAAUCAGGCAUAUAUGCUCAGCAACCAAUAAUGGGUAUGUAUGCACAACCGGGAUAUAAUCCACAAAUACAACAAACGGCUGCACCGGUAUAUGGCAUGACACCGGGUCAAACAGUAUCGCAAGCCGGACAAACGCAGCAAGCAGCACCACCACCACCCCAUCGCCCAUUCAUGUGA